CAUCAGUCAUCAGUUAUAUCAUUUCUUGGGGCUUAGGGGCACACGAAAUUUAAGUCAUCAUGGAACUCAUUUCCUCACCAAAUCCACAUUUUAUUCCUGGAUACACUGGAUUUUGCCCUCAGUACAAAUACAGAAUUGGAAAUACCUAUGGAACCACUACCCAUAAAGUCCUUUUGGAUCCUACAGUGCACCAUGCUGAAAGACUUGUAUUGUCUGACAGAAUUGCAGACGAUUUUAAGACUUUUCGUCCAGCAAAUCGAGAUAUAGAUAUUGUCAAUGAAAGACAAGGAGAUACGAUUUAUAAGCACCCAAUGGUGCCUGGCUAUGAAGGGUUUGUUCCAAGAGAACAUGCAGAAUUCGGUCAGAGGUACACAGUUCAAGCUACCGAAGCUUUAUCGGAUUUCGAGCGGUUACAAAACCAAAACCGAGGCGCUAUGAAUCAGAUUAAGAAAAUUGGAUAUUUGCAGGAUAAUAAAUGGGAUCCGAAAACUUUGGAAGAUAAAGAGUUGACUCGAAGUGAAUUUAAAUUGCCACUGCUCGAAGUCCGUCCAGAAUGUGGAGGUUUGCUAAGAAAUAUGCCUGUAACGGAACCUCCGAUAACACCUCCACACACCUCUCCGAGUCCCUAUUUUUCGGACAACAUCGAUCCAGAGAAAUAUUUAACAACAGGAUUUACUGGUCAUGUUCCUUUUGGUUAUGCCUCCUUCGGCAAAACCAAUCAAGCAAUGACCAACAGUAACUUGUGCGAUUUUACAUCCAACUACAGAAAAAAAUUGAGCAACGAAUGGGCGCCUGUCGAACUAGACAGACCUGAUCCUCCGGUUCUGAUUCAACCAUCCGACAUAUAUCUUAAGCAUAUUGGACAGUUGCCUAAUUAUGGUGGACACAUUCCUGGAGCGAUAUUUAGAUACGGAAAAACCUAUGGCAAUGAUUCAAGAGACGCAAAACGAUGGCUGAGAGGCGACUUUGGCAACUAAACUUCCACCGAAUUUGUUUCCUGAUUGUUCCAAGACACUCCAUGUAUCAAAAGCAAUUUUUUUAAAAUAAAAAUAUAUUUACAAAUAACAAUAAUAAAAUAUCUAUUUGCCUCUUAGUUUCAGUUCUUCCCUGACUUCCAUUUUUGAAGUAUAUCAGCG